ACAUUUUCCAAACAACAUUUGUUAACUCCGAAAAAGCCUGUGGAGUUUCCUUCAGUUGUGGGUAGUCGAGUCGUCAGUAUACUCCCGAGAAAAACCUGAAACAAAUAUUAGCUGCAAAAAUUCUUGAAUAUUUGUAAUUCUUUGUAAAAUUCUUUGUAAUUGUUUGCCGGUAAUAACUUAUCAAAAAGUGCGAAAUGCCUUCUCAAAGUGUUACCAACUCGUGCCCAGCGGCUUUCCCCAAAAUACUGAGCUUCCUGCUGGCCCAGCCCCAUCAGUGCUGCACUGUGCAGGAAAUGUUCAUGCAUGUCUUGCAGGAUGAACAAAUGCUGCCAUAUGUCAUCACAUCUUUCAAUGUCCUCCAGAAAGCUGUGCGCUUUGGCCUGAUGCUGGGCAUAUCCUUGGAGAUCUUUGCGGUGCAGAAUGGCAUUUUGCACAUGCCCCAGGGGGGCAAGCGUCUUGUCGUCCCAGUUAGACUGUUGCCAAAAAAGGCAAAUAAAUGUUCCUUGGAGGCUCUUCGUCGUCGUCGCCGUUGCCGCAACCGCCACUAGACGGCGUUCAAUCCCUUUUCCCAAUUUUGAUUUCGAAUAAACGCUA